GCUAUAAGCACUGUAUUAGUUCAACCUGCCCGUGACCUUUGGGAGGUUCCUCUGGUAGCGACAGGUCCAGACUGAUGCUGAAUACUCUAUUUUUCGAUGAAUGCUGAAGAUAUUUCACAGUCUACAAUUAUGAAAGGAAAGAUUAAUUGUUUGAUAAGCUCUUGGAUUCUCCUUUCAUCCAUAACCCGCGGAUCUUCUGGAGAAAACUAUAGUAUAACGAAGAUAACGUCCAGUUCUGGAUUGUACUACGAAAAAAUUGGGGAUGUGCUGCUGUCCAAUAACAAUAAUUGGGAAUUUGUAACAUCAGUGGACUACAAGGGAUAUCUCAUGUUUUAUGAAUAUUUGCACACUCAGGCACAAAAAUUGGAUGUACUUUGUCAGGAGUCAUAUCAUUGUGAUGAAAGGUUCAGAUCAAUCAAAAGUGGAUUGAACAGGAUAGAUGAAAUAGACGAGAGUAUCGCGAACUUUCUUGGAAUCAGAACUGAAAAUAGGCGAGUGAAAAGAUUUUGGGAAGCAAUCGGCAAUUUCUAUUCGGAGGUUGGGGAAGGGGUUGCCCGAACUAUCUUUGGUGGAGGGAAUAACCAACCAAAUCUAGCCAUCUACAACAAUCAAAUAGCAGGUCUAUAUUCCAGUCAGAAAGAUAUUGAGAACAAACUCAAUCAACAAACAACACUGUUUCUAGUGUAUGCUGAAAGAAAGAAUCAUCAAAUCCAGUGGUUGACGAAAACUCAGAAUGAGAUUCAGAGCAAAAUUAGAUCUCUUGAAAGUGAUUUCAGAAAGGAUGCAGUCGAAAAAGAACAAACAAUUAAAGAACUGCAGAAUAUGUUGGAUGAAACAAACAACAAAUUGAAAGAGCAAGAGGAGAAACAGAAAAAAGUGGAAGGGGAUGUCGAAGGUAUAAAGAACAAAAUUCUGGAAAUAGAUGAGCAGAUCAAAACCAUCAAUGAAGAUGUAUCGAAAAACACUGAGAAUAUCGAUCAAUCAGAACUGGAAAUGAACAUAUAUAAUUUGUUUACUGAUUUCGAGUUUUUGAUUAUUCAAUUCCAAACGGAGCAGGCUAAAGUGUAUGAUGUCAUCAAAUAUGCAAAUGAAGGCAGCUUGGAUCCCUAUGUCUUAACUCCACUGAACCUAAUCGAAAUGCUUCAAGAAAUUCAAGGACAUCUAAGUGAAGGUCAUCAGUUUCCUUUCUACCCUAGCAUCGAGAAUGCACGUCAUCUUUAUAAUAUCAUGAAAAUCGAAGUUUACCUCUACAAUACCAGAAUUAUAUUCACCAUGAACAUACCACUUGUUAAUAACAAAAAGUUCGGCAUUCACAAAAUAACGAGCUUACCACUUCCUUACGCUCCUGAGAGAUUCGUUUUCAUUUUGCCACAAGAACCAUUUUUGAUUGUGGACGACAGCUACCACGAAUAUCUUUUGAUGUCCUAUGAGAACUUCAGAGCGUAUUGUGAGGAAAUGGUGGAUGAACGAUAUCUCUGUAAGCAGGUUGAUCAGUUAUCUCGAUCUGAUUCUGAUGAUGAUUGCGAAAUGAAGCUGUUUUCGACUGCCUUGCUCAUACCGCAUUCUUGCAACAAGAGAGCGAUAGAAAUAAAACAAUCCAUAUUCCUUCAACUACAGAAAUCUAGAUCCUGGAUUUAUGCUGCAAAAACAAACGAAUCGGUCAUUAUUUCUUGUGCUGCUACUAGGCAAACAAUCGGCUUGCAGGGAAGCGGUUUCAUAAGUUUAUCAGAAGAUUGCACUGCCCGAACUAGCGAGAAUUCGACGCUAGAAUAUCUGUAUGAAUUCAGAAAGCCGGUGCUUUCCAACUAUUCCGGUGCAAUCAAUCUCAUGGAUUUUGUCGAUUCCUCAGAGAUUGGUGAUCUGCUGGUGAAAGAAAUAAAACUAGUGAAAAACAUAAUUUCGCCAUUCGAUUCAGAAACGUUGAAGAAGAUAAGUUUCCCAAUCGUUGACACAUUUAGAAUUUUGAAGAGGAAUAUCAUUAUUGCAUAUCUGCUAUUAGCAAUAAUAGUCUUUGUAACUAAAGUUGCAUGUAUUAUUAAUAAAAAAGAUAUCGAUGUUGAAAGAUGGGAGACAAUUCUUUAUAAUGAGGUCCGAUUUUCGAAAAAUGAACCCAAUGAUGAUGACCAAGUCAGAGUUGAAUUGUACAAUCAGGAGGAGAAAAGCAUCAAAAAAUCGGAAAAUGAAGAUCCUAGUUCAAACACUCUUGAUGUUGAAAACUCAACAUCGCGAUUCAAGAUCCAAAAGCAACAUUACGGUGAAUCAUCUCUAACGAAUCAGAUAAAGAAUGAAAAAUAUUUUGAAGAGAAUAACGGUGCAAAACCGGAAUAUGCUUAUAUAAAGGAACUGAAGAGAAAGGUGAAAGUAUUGAGGAAAUAAUAGUAUUUUCUAAUGAUACAUUUUUACUCUUACUCUUGUUAUGUGACCCAUUCUUACAUAUACCUUAUAUGAACAGAAUCAUUUUUAUUAUUAUUUCUGCCACCAAUUAGCAAGGGUUUAAUUUCCAUUUGCCCAUUUUCUAUGUGUAUACCUGGUAUACAGGUUCCUAAAAAAAUAUCAAAGACUCCGAUCUUCUGUACGGAAAAAAUGAAAUUGCUUCUAGUUUUUAUAGGUACGAACACACUUUUCACUCCCAAAACACCAUGCACACAAGAAUUCCUUCGAUAAGUUUUGCUAAACAGUCAAGAAAUGAUCUAUGGUAAGAGUCCAUGGUAUCUCGAAGUGGAGUGAAUAGAUUCACUUCAGAUGUGUGUCUUGUUUAUGAGUCAAGGAAUGACUGUUGAUAAUACCCCAAAACUUCGAAAUGACAGACAUUUUUCAAUAUUUUUUCUACAAGCGUGCGUGAUUCACCCUCUAAUUCACCCUAUCUAUACCCGCAUGCAAUUUAGUUUGGGAAGUGCCAUUUUCAUAUAAUAUUCCCACGAAAUAUGAGUGGUAGCUGACACCAUAUGAAAAUUUUAGGUUUUUUUGUUGCAGUAUUCAGUGAGUUUGUACAAAAUUAUCCAUCAAAUUGCACUAUUUAUUGUGAAAAUAAAGAAAUAUUGAAAAAAAAAA